ACUGUGUCCAACGCAGCAUUUGGAUAAUAGCGCGCAAGAUCCGUGGGAAAUCAACGUUUUUCAUCCGUGGUCGUUUAAAGAAUCAGACGGGCCACCCUCAUGCCCGUCCAGGCAGGCCGGGCGUGCUGGCACUAGAAGAAGAAGAAUAAAAGUAAACGAAGAGAAACGAAGCCAGGGUGGAGGACGAGAGUGUGCUGACGUUUGGUUGGUGGACGUGCAGGGAGCAACAUCUCAGGGAUAUGUCCACUGGCACUGCAAGAGGUCAUGGGGGUCUUAACCAACUAGGCGGAAUGUUUGUUAAUGGGCGUCCACUUCCGGAGGUGAUCCGGCAACGCAUCGUGGACAUGGCCCACCAGGGGGUCCGGCCGUGCGACAUCUCCCGCCAGCUUCGCGUCAGCCACGGCUGUGUCAGCAAAAUUCUGGGACGAUAUUAUGAGACGGGCAGCAUCAAGCCCGGCGUGAUCGGUGGAUCCAAGCCUAAAGUGGCAACGCCAAAGGUUGUGGACAAGAUCGCAGAGUACAAGCGGCAGAACCCUACCAUGUUCGCCUGGGAGAUCAGGGACAGACUGCUCGCCGAGGCUGUGUGCGAUGGCGACACCGUGCCGAGUGUCAGUUCCAUCAACAGGAUCAUUCGAACCAAAGUCCAGCAGCCGUUCAAUCUUCCCCUGGAUGGGAAAGUUCUAAGCCCUGGACAAACCUUGAUUCCCAGUUCGGCCGUCACCCCGCCCGAGUCGCCGCACUCCGACUCUUUGGGUUCCACCUAUUCCAUUAGUGGCCUGUUGGGUAUUCCCCAACCCAGCAGCGAAGGCAAAAGGAGCCAUGAUGACAGUGACCAGGACAGCUGUCGGCAUAGCGUGGACUCUCAGGGCAGCGGUGGAGGCGGGAUCCCUAGGAAAAGCAUGCGGAUUGACCACUUCUCACAGCAUGUGGACUGCGGUUUCGAGAGGCCCCACUACCCUGCGGACUCCUUCGGCAGCUCGUCCUCCAGUAGCAAGGCAGAGCAAACUUUGUACCCGCUGUCGCUCAUCAGCGGCAGUUUGGACGAAGCCAAGAGCGGCCUAUCGUCAUCGAACUCCGCCAUUGGACGCAACCUGACAGCGCAUCAAAGCUACGCCAUGGUGCCUGAACCACUCCAGUCUCUACCACUCUGCCUGAAGCAGGAAAUUUCCCCAGAGGUUACCAGCACUAGCCCCGCCUCGCCAAACAUGGCACCGUCCAACUUGGCUUUUGUGGAACUCCAGAAACCUCUUUCUACAAGUAGCAGCUGUGGAAGUGGCACUGUCAACCAUUUCCCUAACUCCUUCAACUCAUUCUCCCAUCAUACACCUGUGUAUAGCCAGUUCAGCAGCCAGUCAAUCAUCUCAGGGCGAGAUAUGGUGAGCUCCACCCUGCCGGGUUACCCGCCUCACAUCCCGUCGCCGGCCCAGUCAGGAUACUCCUCGUCAGCCAUCGCCGGCGUGGUUGCGGGUGCCGAGUACCCCUCUCAGUCGUACAGCCACUCGCCCUACGCCUCCUACAGCGAAGCCUGGAGGUUCACAAACUCCAGCAUACUGGGUUCCCCCUACUAUUACAGCACAGCCUCUCGCAGCGCUCCCCCUUCAACGGCCGCCUAUGACCACCUCUAAUCUCCCGCAGGACGGACUUCCCAAGCCAGAAUAGAACCUGAAUGGAAUUUUUGAUGAAUCUGCAGUAAACCAGCAACCUAUUUUGUAGUUGUUGUCAAUUAUUUAGUUGUCAUUCCCAAUCCAAGCGGCCCAGGGUAACUCAGACUCGAGCACGUUUACACAUCUGCAGCCUUACGGGUCACGCGGUGCAUCUUUUUCAGUACUUUUCGCUGUUUUUUGGCCAAAGACUUGUUUUCUCGCACACCUGACGAAGGAUAUGCAACAUCUUUAUAAUGAGCUAUGCUUGAUUUUUGUCAUUAUUUCUUGUUGGUUUACAAUGCUCCUUUAAAUGGAGAAUCUUUUCAUUCCGAUUUGUCUGCUUGCAAAUAAGUUAUGGGGGGAAAGUCCCUCUAUUUGUCUACAUGAUGUACAUAUUGUACAGUAAAUAAUGACUUACCGGGGCUGGGUGUUGAUUUGAUGACAAAAAGUACAAACAGACUUCAGGACACACGAUUAGUUUGUUCUCAAGUUGGAAAGAAUUGUGACUAUUUUUUAUUCCUAUAUACUGUUAUUAAUAUUAUUGCAGAUGUACUGUAAAUAGGGAGUUUCUAAAGAAUUAUUUUUA